UAUGGACCGAUUAGUAGUUCCAGCUUUACUACAAUAUUAUUGUUAUUUAUUCAGGUUCGACGUGCUAUGUUGCAUGCAAGGCAAGAAGUGCGACGACGCGGCCGCAGGCGGCGAGGGUGCUCUGUUCAACUUGUUCAAGCAGAUCUACGUUCCCUUCCUGAUGAAGCGGGAAGUGCGUGCGUCCGUCAUGAUCAUAUUCUUCGCGUGGCUGUGCUCCUCGGUCGCGGUUGCGCCACACAUAGAAAUCGGUCUCGACCAGGAACUCUCGAUGCCUCACGACAGUUUCCAGCUGAAAUACUUCCAAUACCUAAACAAGUAUCUUAACAUCGGACCGCCUGUUUACUUCGUGAUCACGGAAGGGUUGAACUACUCUGAUACGGAUACGCAGAACAUGAUAUGCGGGACGCGGUACUGUAGGGAAGACAGUGUUAUGCUGCAGCUGUACUCGGCUACCCGCACGCCCAAUGAGACGUAUCUGCUUCAGCCGCCUAACUCGUGGUUGGACGAUUUCUUUGACUGGGCUUCUAUCGGCGAGUGCUGUAAGGUGUUCCCAGGGAAUAACAGCUACUGUCCGCAUACUCACGAUGACUGCGACCAAUGCCACAUCCCACUGGUGGGCGCGGAGCAGCGGCCCAACGCCAGCGCCUUCCGCCACUACGUGCCGUUCUUCCUGCAGGACAACCCCGACGAGAGCUGCGCUAAAGGAGGCCACGCGGCCUACGGAAAUGCUGUCAAUUACCACAUGAUGAAGAAUCUAAGCGAGGCUAACAUUGGAGCUACAUACUACUCAGGCUUCCACACUGUAUUGAAGACGAGUGAGGACUACUAUUCUGCGUUACGCGGUGCACGAAACGUGGCCGCAAAUUUGACAGAAACUCUCAACCGCAACUUGAAGGAACUGGGCAAGAACACAACAGUGAACGUGUUCCCAUACUCCGUAUUCUACGUGUUCUACGAGCAGUACCUGACGAUGUGGCCCGACACGCUGAAGUCCAUGGGCAUUUCUGUACUGUCCAUCUUCAUCGUCACCUUCUUACUGAUGGGCUUCGACUUGUUCUCCGCGCUGGUGGUGGUGAUCACGAUCACAAUGAUAGUGGUGAACCUCGGCGGACUCAUGUACUGGUGGGGCGUUAGCUUGAACGCCGUUUCUCUGGUCAAUUUGGUGAUGGCAGUAGGCAUAGCAGUGGAAUUCUGCUCGCACUUAGUGCACAGCUUCAGUACGGCGGGCGGCGGGUCGCGCGUGGCGCGCGCGGCGGCGUCGCUGGCGCGCAUGGGCUCGUCCGUGCUGUCCGGCAUCACGCUCACCAAGUUCGGCGGGAUCAUCGUGCUGGGCUUCGCUAAGAGCCAGAUCUUCCAGGUGUUCUACUUCCGGAUGUACCUGGGCAUAGUUUUGGUGGGCGCGGCGCACGGGCUGAUCUUCCUGCCCGUCAUGCUCUCCUAUAUCGGCUCCCCCGUCAAUAAACAGAAGCUGGCCAAUCAGAUCCUGCGCGGGAAAGAGAUGGGCGUCGCGGAAACCUCGCUCACACGAGUACGCCUGUAGAAAAUCCAGAAAAAUAAGAACAAACAUAGUCAUAGCCUUGUUUCGUUUUCAAUUUUAUUUUUGUGUAAUUUUAUCCGUAUUAUUCUUUGUGAUUUCUCAAAGAGAUUUAUUAUUUUAGUAGGCGCCCUCUAUGUUCCUAUUAAUGAUAUAAUGCAAUCUAAUUGUUUAGAUAAUAUUUCAGUAUGCAAUAGCAAAAAUGUAAUCACAAACACUGGAAUCUCUACUUAAAGUUAGUACUUAAUUUAGAGGGAAACGAUAGCUUUUUUAAUCCAAAGGUAAAGGCUUUUUAUGUCACAUGUACCGA